AAGAUGGAUUUUUUUUUCCCUUUCCUCUAGAGAGGCCAAUUAUGACUGUAAAAACGAGAUACUGCAUUAGGAUGUAAUUUUUUUAAAGUAUUUUUCAAAGAGCAGCCGGCAGCCCAAAUAUUUUCGUUGCUUUUUGGAGCGCAAAGGAUUGCCCCCUGUGAAUUCCCCCUCCCAACAAGUGGUCAGGUACAGGAAGAGCCCGGGCGACCAGUUAAGUUCACAGAAAUGGUUUGACACUCGUGCACGUCGCCUGCAGCCGGAAUGCGAGUGUGCGGCGGCAAACUUGUGGCGACAAGUUCCAGAAAGAAAAAAAAAAAAAAAAAAAAGUUGCGUCACACCCGAAUGACUGGUCUGGGUGGGCGUGCCCGUUCUUCUUCUUCUUCUUCUUCUUCCUCUCCCAUCCACCUAAGUCAGACUGUCAGGAAGUUGCGAUGCUCUGACACACGACACAACACAACAGGAUGGCAACAUGUCCGCCCCUCGGCCUUCUUCGAGCAGCAUGAGAGGCCCCCGCGGGAAUGCCCGACUCUUCCUGCUCCUGUUGUGGAUCCUCACGGGCACCUGGACCGGAAACGUGUCAAGCCAAGAUGAUGCGAACCAGGAAGGAAUCGAAACGGUGGAGGAAGUGACUGCGGACCAAGAACAAGCCGCGGGGGACACGGAAAUCCCAGAUCCCACAUUAUCCCCCAAGGUCGCCUCCCCAACAUUAGAACCCUCAACCACCCAGGAGGGCAACCCGGACUCAGUGGUUGCAACCGAUGACAAAAUUGAAGAUCUCGGCUCAGGAUUGGACAGUUCAGGGCCCACAAAGGAGCCCGACUGGUUGGCCUCGACGUCGAUGCCCGACAGCGGCGAAGGUCCGGGGAUCACCUUCAUCCUCAUCCCCGUGGCCGUGGUGGUCUUCGUCAUCGUCGUCGUCAUGUUCGCCCUCUUCCUCAAGCGCAGGUUCAGUAUUGAGGCUGCCGUUCAAGAUUCCGCAAAGGAGGAUCCAUAUCUGGACGGCUCCAGCGCAGACAAAGUGCCAAUGCCCAUGUUUGAAGAAGAUGUCCCUUCGGUGUUGGAGCUGGAGAUGGAAGAACUGGACCAGUGGAUGAUCAAAGACGGUUAGCGGCAGCGCACCCUGAAGUUUUGAUACAUUUUCAAAACGACGGCUUUCCUGCGGGUCCGCCCCCCGUCCGAGCUCACCCUCUGGAUCCGCAAUCGACGGGAAAUUUCAUCCUGAAAAUGUCCGACGGGCAGCGGCGCUGGAGCAAGGCGGGAUUCGUGCGCGGCCUGUGAGGUAACAAGAUAAAGAAAAGCCAACAAAACGCACGUGCAGGCACACACAAAAAAAAAAAAAAAAAAUCCAUCCAACAUAGUUCAAAUUGAAGGUUUUGAUGAACCCUUUCCAGAUAUGUAUUUAUUUUGUCAUUAAGUAUGUAUAUGAUGACAAAAUAAUUUUUUUUUACUUUAAAAUGGGAGGGGGGAAAUCACCCCCUAUUAAACUUACAGGUGAAACUUAAAAGUAUUUCAAGUAUUUGCAACAAAACAACGAGCCAGAUUUGGUAUUAAUGGACAUCACUGCGGUGGUCCAGAUCUCAGUUUAAUUUGUCAAAUAAUGUAUAUAAAAAGUUCACACACCCCUUUUCCAACACCAUAUUUUUGUGAAAUAGAAGAAAAAUACAAAGCUUUUUCCAUCAUUAAUGCGACCUAUUACCUCAACACCUCCAUUAAUUAAAAAAAAAAAAAAUAUAUAUAUAUAUAUAUAUAUAUAUAUACUGAGGAGAAGCAAAAAUACACAACUGAGAAAACCUAGUUGCACAAGUGUGCACACCCCCUUUUAACUGGGGACAUGAGUUUGUUUACAAUAAAUCCAAAAUCAUGUUAAAAGAGUUAGCACACACAUCCUACCAUUUGAAAUGCUUUUGUUUAAACCGAAGUAAAGUUCAAAAGUUCUAGUAGGCUUUUCCUGACAUUUUUAUAGUCACAUUUUACAGAAGAAAGCAAAAAAAAAAAGCCUACUACAACAGCUGAGAUUUUUUUUUUUUUAUCAGGGUUAUUCAAAGACUUUUUAAAUGGUGGCAGGUGUGUGCUGACUCCCACUGGACACAAGUUUGUAUGUUCACACAUGAUUUCAGUUGUUUAUUUAUGUCACCUUUUGGAAUAAUGUAUGAAUACACUAUUUAUAGUAUUUUUAUAGGUCACAUUAAUCGUGGGGAAAGCUUUGUUGGGAUUUAUCUUGUUCUAAUUUUUCAUGACAGAAGCCUGCCGUUUGACGACGGGUGUGAAGAUUUUUUUUAUAUCCUUAUGAUGAAACAAUGGCAAAUACACAAAGUAAAACUUGCAAACACCCACAUGGGUGAAAUUUGAAUAUUUGAAACAAACCAUAAUGAGUCAUAUCUUAUUUUAAAGACAUUUAGGAGGACUCCAUCAAUCUGUACUUGUUUUGACAUUUUGUCCAAUGAUGACAAAAUGUACCCAAUUUUUUUUUUAAAUUUGAAAGAUCACCCCAUUUUAAACUCAAAUUAAAAAUGUGAAAAAGAAAUCAUUUUUUUUCAUAAAUUCCUUGUUGCAGUUUUUUGUGUCGCUGACCUCAGUGUGAAUCCAGUUGUGUUUCGUUGUGCGUUCUGUUGUUGUCAACGCAACGAAGGGCUUGCAGCCAAAGAUGUAACUUUCACUCAGUGCUUUUUUUUUUUUGUAAAUAUGAAAUGUCGACUUGAGAUUUACAAUAUGGAAUGUCGAACUGAAUAAAAUGUAUUAAACUUCAA